GCUGAUAACUCGUUGACUAAGGUAAAAAAUACCUGAAAAAAAUUAUCGGCAAUUAGCACUUGUGCAAAUUAUCGAUAAUUUGCACUUGAGCAAAAUUAUCGCUGUAAUUCGCUUCCUGUUGGUCCAAAAUUGCCAGACGCCUCUGUAUUUUCGCCUGAAUAUUACCUGAAGAAAAUUUUCUUUAAAAAAAAAAACAGAUUUUUAGGUUGCCAUCUUAUUUUGCAACUAAAUGCAGCACAGGGGGUAACCAAAUUGAUAUUUUAUUGGCCUUUUACUCAAGCUAAAUUCACCAAAAUGUUAAACCGCCACAUGACCGCCACGGAUGCGGGGAUUAAAAUUCACUAAUGCCAAUGGCAAACCACAGCUUCCCAGACCCUGUUCAAUUUAGCCACACUCGGAUUAUGUGUUUUUUCAUUAAUAAACUCAAGAAAAAUUUACCUCGAAUAAAAUUAUUUUCUGGAUCUGGAUUCCUUGUGGCAUCUGAAGAAAAAUUCUUUCCCAAAAAAAAUGGAAAUGAAAAAGUAUGUUGACAUUGCACAUGAUUAGUUUUACUUGGGACUGAGACUGAAACGGUUUUUGACAGGUUUUUUGGAUAAUUUUUAAGAAAUGAUAGAUUUUUCCUAAGAAUAAACAUUUUCAAAUGUUGAGUUCGAACUUAUUUUUGUUUUGUGUUGCCAGCAAUGCCAGCUGUUUGUUGUUUGUUUUUGCUUGGUUUUUGCUUACAUUUUUGAAAAAAGUUAGGUUAGGGUUGGUACGUUGGUAGGCUUCUUACGGAAGAUAAAUUUUUGACUGGCUUUUGCUCCACCAAACCCAAACAGCUGAUAUUUCAUUCAGUGAAAUUCAGUCAGUGCCCAGUGGUAGGGUAGGAUUGGUAACUGAACUGCUUACAACAACAAUACAAAGGUACUCAAGACUGAUGACAACACCAAAACUAUUUAAGUACAGACCUAAGGAAUUGCUGUCUCAUUUUCUUCAAAUUGUGGAAGCAUUUUAAAAGAAAAUGUGUAUCCUAUUUCUACACACCAACCCUGAUCCGAAGGAGGACGAGUACAGGCUGAUUGUGGCCACUAACCGAGAUGAAUAUCUUAAACGACCUGCUAAAACUGCUUAUCAAUGUCCGAAGACUAGUAUUAUAUCUGGUCGUGAUAUGGAACCAGGAAGAGAAUAUGGUGGUUGGUUAGGUUUCGUAGCGAAAAAAUUCCCAGAAAAUGGAACCCCAUCUAAAUAUUGCUUUAGUUGUCUAACUAACUUAUCAGGAGGCGAAAAACUACCAAACGCAAAUGGCAGAGGAUUUCUUGUAAUGAACUAUCUAGAAGGACAAGCAAAUUUCCCAGAAUAUAUUAGAGCACUCAGGAAAGAUAAACAUGUUUUUGGUGGAUUUAAUUUGAUUGGCGUUGAAUUAAGUAAAGAUGGUACCACUAAAACAUACCACACAAGCAACCAGCCACAAAUCGAUUCGGAAUAUACGGGCAAACAUACAUUGGGUUUCGGAAAUAGUACCAUUGAUAGUCCGUAUAUGAAGGUUUUGAAUGGAAGAGCGAGUUUUUUGAGAAUAAUCGAAAAAGGACUGAAGAAGGAAGAAUUGAAAGAGGAACUAAUAGCAUUGUUAAAAGAUAAAACCAAGCACUUACCUGAUUUCGAACUAGCUAGAAGAACCAAUAGUCCAAAAGCUUUAGAAGCAUUAUCAAGUAUAUUUGUCGAACCUUCACCUGAAUAUGGAACCAGAACACACACAAUAGUCUUAGUGGACAAAAAUUGGAAUGCCGAAUUCACAGAAAUAACCCUAGAAGACCCAAUUUCGGUUGAAAAUCCAGAAUGGACCACUACAGUCAUCAGUGCCAGUUUGUAGCUUUAAAAUAAAGAGAAUUAACUACUCCAAACCAAACCUCAGGUCGCAUUAUCUUAAAAAAUAUAAAUCCAUUGUUAUACGUAUUGUGUAUUUAUUAAAUAAUUUAAUUUAGCCAAAAGAGCAUUGUAUUUUUAUAAAAAUAAAUGUUAUAUUCUGUUGUUUCUCUGUUAAAUUUGAUUGUGGUUACAAUAAAUUAUUAAAACAAAUGUCUAGAAUAAAUAAUCAUUUAUUUUUUUUAUGUAA